AUUUGCAGGAAUGGGACUCACCAAGCAGUAUUUGCGAUAUAAACACGACGGUACCUGUAACGUGGUAGCAUCCAGCAGUGGGACUGUUGCCGCUAUUACUGAUAAUAUUUGUGCUGUGUCAGCAUGUGAAAAUGUUCACUUUUAUAACAUGAAAUUGGGCGAAAAGGUUGAUGAGGUCAGAGGGUCAGAUAAGUGUGUUUCAACUAUUAAAUUCAGUGGGAAUCGACGAUUCCUUGCUGUUGGAUAUGUGGAUGGAACAGUUCGGUUGUACGAUCGGAAAAGCGAUGAUCGAUCAUUGUAUGUCACAUUUGCUGGACACAGAACAGGUGUGAAUUGCAUUGCAUUUACUAAAGAUGGUAUGACACUGGCAACUGGUGGAAAGGAUUCCGCGGUGGUAAUUUGGGAUGUCGUAAAUGAAUCUGGUUUAUUCCGUUUAAAUGGGCACAAAAAUUCGGUUACACAAUUACAGUUUACAUUAAAUGGACGGUUUCUUAUUAGCAGCUCGAAAGAUACGUAUGUGAAGUUCUGGAGUUUAGAUACGAAAAGUUGUUUUUUCACCAUCACAGAUAGCCAUUCUGAGGUUUAUACGUUUUCACUGCUCAAAAAUGAUAGUUUCUUACUGCUUGGAUCCGCAGAGUUGGAACUACGAGUCUUUGAACUUCACUGGCUUGAAAAAGAGGAGGUGGAUGAUGAAGACGGUAACUCGACGAAAAAAUCAAAAGCCGGUGAAAACUCUGUUGAAUUUAGUGAGGAUACGCAGGCAAAUAAAAUUGUGCGUUGUGUGAAAAAGGGACAGAUUUUGAGACGCUCUAAAGGACGCGCUCUUCAACUUGCUGUUAGCCGAGAUGAGAAACUUAUUGCAUGUGUGGGUUCGUCACAUUGUGUUGAUAUCUUCCGGAUAUAUGAUGAUAAUGAAUCACAAAAGCGACUUAUGAAGAAACUUCGGAAGGCUCGUAAAAAGUCAACUGAAAGUGGUGACGCGGAAACGAUUUCGGAAACAGAUAUCGCAAAAGAUGUCACCAUUUUGAUCUCACGGAUAGGUGAGUACAAACCCAGUGGGAAAGUGAAGUGGGUUGAUUUCAGCUCAGGUGUGAAACAGUGUGGAGAUGAAGUACGUCAAUAUCAGUUUUAUGUGCUCUACGCAGCGAAUACAGUUUUCUCUGAAGCAGUCUUGGUCGAUUUCAAAUCAAAUGAAGUGCAAUUUACUGAUUUGGCUGACUUAAAUCGGUUAGGUCAUCGCACAGAUGUUCGAUGUUUAGCGGUUGCAGAAAAUGGGUUCGGUUUUGUGUCAGGAAGUGCAGAAUCUGCUAUCGUAUGGAAUUUGCAUAGUCUCAAGAUUUCGCACACGUUAGAAGAUGAACAAAUGGCAGACAUCACUGCGUCACUGUUUGUUACAGGCGAUAAACAUAUUAUUUUAGCGACAAAGGAGGGCAGCAUAUUUCUGUUUGAACUGGCAACAAAUGAAAUGCUCGAAAUGGUUAAGAAAGUUCAUGAUGGGGCUAUUUGGCAGCUCAUUCCAACACCUGAUAAGAAGGGUUUUAUCUCCUGUGGUAAUGAUAAGACGGUUCGAUUUUGGAACUACGAAUUAGUGAGUGAAGGGACGAGAAAGCGCCUAUCAAUGAGGCCAUUUCGGGUGCUUCAAGUACCAGAUGAAGCGUUGUGUGUUGCUGCUAGUAAUGAUUCGCGUUUUCUUGCUGUGGGGCUUCUGGACAACACGGCUUGCGUUUAUUUCGUGGAUACUCUUAAAUUUUUCGUUUCACUUUAUGGACAUUCACUCCCUGUGACAGCCAUUCAUAUUUCACAUGAUAAUAAAUUAGUUGCUACUGGAUCAGCCGAUAAAAGCGUCAAGAUAUGGGGACUAGACUUUGGGGAUUGUCACAAGUCUUUUCAUGCGCACGAUGACAUCGUGACUUGCGUUUUGUUUUCACCAGAGGAACAUUUGCUGUGGUCUGCCGGUAAAGACGGUUUGAUUAAGCAGUGGGAUGCAGUGAAGUUUGAGCGGAUUCAGGUCUUAAAUUUACACUCAGCCGAAAUUCGAGCUCUUGCACAAAGCAGUAAUGGAAAAUGUGUUAUUUCUUCCUCACAUGACAAAUCAAUCCGUUUAUGGGAACUGACAGAAGAAAUCAUUGUUCUGCAAGAAGAAGAAGCAAUGGAGCGAGAAAAGGAAUACGAAAAGCGUCUGAUCCAACUAGAUGAUGUUGUGCCUGGUGAAGAAAAAACUAAUGAAGCCGAAAUAGCUGUUCAGAAAAGCAUUUCAAGCAUUAAAUCGGCUGAAGAUAUUAUUGAAGCGUUAGAGAUUGCGCGAAAUGAGAGGGCAGCUAUGUUGGAUGACCCAAAGCAUGAAAAGCAUCCGUUGGUACUAUAUUUUCAAAGCGUAUCGCUUGACCACUUUAUACUUGAUGUGAUUCAACGAGUACCAUCCAGUCAUUUGGAAAAAAGCUUAUUAAUGGUUCCGUUCGGUUUUGUUCCGGAUAUUAUCAAGGCAUUAGGUGUUUGCAUUGGAAAACGUUAUAAAGCAGAACUGGCAUCACGUGUUCUACUUUUCAUUGUGAAAAUUCAUCACAGUCAUCUCAUAACACAGACUGAUUUCAUAACGCUGUUCGAUGAUUUAUGUCGGGAGGUUCCGCGUGGAUUGGAUGAUUUACGGGAUAUAUGUGGUUUCAAUCUGGCGGCUUUGAGACUUUUCCAAAAAGAAGUGGAAGAACAAUCGGAAGUGAAGCUAUUUGCCGAUUUUUCAGAAUUAGGGAAGAAAACGAAAAAGAAAUCAAGGAAGACCUUAAUGAAGGUUUUUAGUUAAGAAUAUAUUAUUAUCUAAAGCAGAUGGUUGUGUGCUGUCACAUUCAACUUUUGAUCUUGAUUAUACGUUCUUGUCGAGUGGAAGUCGGAGUAAUAUCAAGAAAUCACAUCCUUUCUGCUGUUUGUAUAAUGGAAAAUAUAGAAAUUGUUGAUUGCUAUUUUGAGAAGCAGUCAAAAAGUCAUUUGUGUUGGAUUUUCUAGAAUUCUCUUUUUCAUGGAAUUUUAUUGUUGAUCUUUUUGUUGCUUUUGCUUUUACCAUUGUUUGAGUUAUCAGGUUUUUUGUUUUUUUAUAUCAUUCAAAUUAUUAAUUCUUCGCUUUUUAUGUUGCUCAAG